AUGAUAAUUGGGCAGGCCCGGACAGGGAAAACCAGUCUGAAGAGGUCGUUAAAAGGGGAAUUGUUCAAUCCAAAUGAAGGAAGCACGAAAGGGAUAGAGACAGAUCCGUCUUAUUUUAAAGUCUCGACAGACGUCUGGAGGACAGGCCAGAAAAGCGAAGAUAUCGAAUCAGAGCCAACGUUUUUGUUAGACCACCAGGUAGCCCAGAAGAUAUGUGAAAGCUUAAGAAAAGGAGACCGUUUCGGGGAUCCUAGUACUAGCGGGGCCAAGCCAUCAGUUAACGAUUCCAGAAUAGUCAAGCAAAUAGAAGCGAAUUCUUUGCCUAAUGAACGUUCAGGGGAAUCUAGCAGUAUCAGGAUUGAGCAUUCACUUCAAGACUCCAAAGCAGUCGAGAAAGCCAAACCCUAUUCAUUGCGCACAGAAGAUCUGAGCAGUAGCAGACACGCCUCCAAUGUAUCUGAGAAAGCCCAAACCAGUUCAUCACGUACAGAACAGAGCGGGAGUGAUCCAUCACUUCAAGACUCCAAAGAUCAUCUGUCUGUACCAGAAUUACCAGAAAACGUAGCAGCAUUGGUUCAAAAUUUGCUUGAACAAAGCCAAGAGUUUGAGGACGAAGACAACAUAUAUUCCAUCAUUUGGGAUUUUGGAGGACAGUCUGUUUACUACGCCACACAUCCAAUUUUUCUGACAAAACAAGCCAUCUACAUUUUAGCAUGUGAUCUGAGUCGUGAUCCAGACCAGAAAGCCAAAGCUCCUUCGAAAAAAGGCAUAUAUGAAAAUAAAUUAGACACUCACUGCAAAAAAACAAAUGGCGACUAUCUUGACUUCUGGAUGACAUCAGUUUAUUCUUUGGUUGGUCCAAGCACUAACCGUCAGGAAACCCUGUCACCUGAAAUGUUGCCUGCAGUAUUCUUGGCGUGUACGCAUGCUGACAUGCCUUACAAAAAAGGUGCUAACCCAAAAGAACUUGCCGAAAAAAUCUUUGCCACUUUAAAAGACAAGAUUUAUGGUGAUCUUCUAAAAGACGUGUUUGUUGUAGACAACACAAAGGCAGGUAGUAAUGAUGAGUGCCAAGACGUGAAAAAUCUGAGAGAAACAGUACUUUCUGUUGCCAAGAAGCUUCCACAGAUUAAAAAGGCCAUUCCUCUAAAGUGGUUAAAGUAUGAAAAGGUUCUCCGUCUGUUGAGCGAGAAAGGCUAUAGGUGGAUACCCAUCGAGCACGCCAGACAGAUUGCCUCUGAUGAGUGUGGAAUUGAUGACGAUGAACAGUUUCGAACACUGCUUAACUUUUUACAGGAUCAAAGAAUUUUGAUUCACUUUAGCGAAACAACAAAUUUGGAAAAAAUGGUUAUUUUGAGCCCACAGUGGCUCAUUGACAUCUUUAAGGAGGUGAUUACUGUCAAACAUUUCAAGCAAACGGAUGAAAGACUUGAGAGAUUAUGGUGUGAUUUUGAAAAGACUGGAAUCUUGGAUGAAACACUUUUAAAUCAUGCGUGGAGACCCUUGUCUGAUAAUCGAGAAACCCUCGAGAGCCUGAUUGCUAUAAUGGAGAAAUUUAGCCUACUUUGUGCAUGGCCCUCAGACGGGACCACUCAGAAGUACCUUGUGCCAUCCAUGUUAAUGUCUCCCCCAACAGAUGAUGUCCUUAAGCACCUUGAUUGUGUGCGGACCCCUUCACUUUUUGUGGUGUUUGACUCAGGCAGAGUCCCUCCAGGCUUGUUCUCGCGACUUGUUCUGCAGUUUCAUUGGUUGUGUCAAAAAGAGUGGAAGGGCGACAUAAAUCCUGAUUUGUUCAAUAAUUUUGCCAUGUUUCACAUUCUUCCUGCUCGUGCAAUUUCUGUAGUAUUUAUGUUGCAUUCCUCGUCCAUCGAAAUAGUUUUUCACGAUGGAAAGGAUGCUCAUGAUCUGAAUACAAGUCGAACCAUUUAUUCGCAACUGAAAUGUCUUCUUCAACAUAUUUGCAAGGAGUUCUUCUGGUUGAAGCACGCGAAGUACAAAAUGUGCGUUUGCUGUCCGGUAUGUUCUCAAGAAGACGGUGUCAAGUGCCGUGAUCAUGGCAGGCGUGGUUGCGAGUGCGUGCACUUUUUGUCGGAGUCAGAGUUGCGUGAGCGGCAACAUUGCAACGAAUCUGGCAUUUUUGGGGAUCGCACAAUUACCAUCACGAUGUUUGAACAUUGGUUUUCUUUCUCGGAUUCUCAGCAAAGUAACAUUCCUCUNGCCAUGUUUCACAUUCUUCCUGCUCGUGCAAUUUCUGUAGUAUUUAUGUUGCAUUCCUCGUCCAUCGAAAUAGUUUUUCACGAUGGAAAGGAUGCUCAUGAUCUGAAUACAAGUCGAACCAUUUAUUCGCAACUGAAAUGUCUUCUUCAACAUAUUUGCAAGGAGUUCUUCUGGUUGAAGCACGCGAAGUACAAAAUGUGCGUUUGCUGUCCGGUAUGUUCUCAAGAAGACGGUGUCAAGUGCCGUGAUCAUGGCAGGCGUGGUUGCGAGUGCGUGCACUUUUUGUCGGAGUCAGAGUUGCGUGAGCGGCAACAUUGCAACGAAUCUGGCAUUUUUGGGGAUCGCACAAUUACCAUCACGAUGUUUGAACAUUGGUUUUCUUUCUCGGAUUCUCAGCAAAGUAACAUUCCUCUCACUCAGGUUAGUUCUUAAAUUCGCUUUUCCAAAACACGAUCCCGAGUGGCUCAUUCGCCAAUCAAGGAACUUUAGGUACAAGCUUUGGUGACGAUGGUUUCUGGAAUAGUUUGGGUGGAUAAACGUUAAUGGGUGUUUCUCAAACAGGCCAUUUGCUCGAUGGCGUCAUUUUACUACUACUACUACCACUACCACUACCACUACCACUACUUCAGGGUUUUUCUUUCUUGUGUAAUUUUGCUUUCUUGUGUAAAUAAGGGCUUCUGUUAUUUAAACCUCGCUGGUAUGACCAAAUUUAAAUAUGAAAGAAAGAACGAAAAUUAAUGAAUUCUGGUCUUAGUGGUAAAAAGAUGUCAUCGUGCAAAUGGCUUAUUGGUUGACCAUUCAUAACAAAUACUUUCACCCAAAUGAGUCCAGAAAUCCUCUCAACAAAAGCAGUCUCCCUUUAAAUUCCCUAAAAUAAACUUACCAAUAAGAAUUCGAGGGUGGUAUUGAAUAACGUGGAGUUAAAGUUCCCCUGAAGUCCGGUCUUUUGAAGGUGAUAUUAUGACUGGAAGCCACCUUUAAAAGAUCCAAAAGCACUCCAGGUUAAGAUACAUCGAGGCGCGAUUCUGAAUGGACUCGUAGAAGUGAUUGAUAGCCCCAAGCAUUGUAAUGCUCUCAUCGAACGAUUCCCAGAAGCAGUUGCUUUGGAAGAAGAUGGUGAAGGUGAGUUUUUGGCAAUAGUGAACUUUUGGUGACCUUGGCCAUCAGACCACAGUUGGCAGGAUGACUCCAAGUCAGUGAAUUGAAAUAAAUGCCCAACUCCUUUAAAUUCCUUGUUAGCAGAAUACCUUUCAGUUAAUAAUUCUAUGAAUAUAUUAAUUAAAUGGAAACUCUAGGAUCGUUCAGACUGGAUCACUAUUUCAUAUAUGCUUUCAUUGGCCUUUGAAACUGAUCCUAAGGCCCCAUUAACAUUGACAUUAUUCUUUAAAUUUGUAAUAAUAACAGUAGUGACGAUGAUAAUAAUAUUAAUGAUUAAUAAUAAUAGUAAUUUAUUAUUAUUAUUAUUAUUGUUUGGUAUUUCGUAAUGGAUGAUUGGCUGGAGGUGCAUUACCGAAUCCUUAAUUAAUAUUUCCUAUGAUUUAAAGUCAUUUCCUGUAUCUGUAUUUACAGCAGAAAGAUGUGACUCAACGUGACAACAAUGAAGAACACCGCAUAGCUCCUAAGAAAGGUACACACUCCCCUAAUUAAUUUGCAUUUAUUUAUUUAUUUGCACGACUUUUACAGAACAAAAACAGAUACGAUGGGGAGGGUCAAAUAACAGAGCGACGAUCCAAUAGACCCUUCCUCGGUUUUUUCAACUUUUUCGUGACUGUAAGGAAAAAUCCGUCGACACCACUGGAAAGAUGGCCUUAAAAUUAGCAAAAUUGUCAAGUCUUAAAGUGAUGCGUUAUAAGCGAGUGAUGAUACAGCUCCGCAAGGUUGUGAAAAUUUACAGACGUUUGCAUGGUGGGGGGAGGGGGGGGGGGAUUUCCUGCCGUCCACUAUAUAAAUGUCUGUAAAAGAAGAAGAAGCUAUAUCUUCAUUAGUUUUCAACAAAUCACUUUCAAACUUGGCAAUUUUGCUAAUUUAAAGGCGCUCUUUACAGCGCAGUUGACCAAUUUUCCCAAACGUGUCCACGUCAAAAAUUAAAAAACGUGGAAAGGUUUAUUAAAGUGCGCUCUUGAGAACUAUUAACACCCCUCUCGACAUUGUUGUAAGAUCUUGGGAAGAGUUUAAAAAAAACCGUCUAAAUUUUGUCAUAACCGGAGAUCAGGUCGAAUCCUGGCAGCUCCCUCUUGGUCCCUGGAUUUUUUUUUAAACGUGCGGAAUGAAAAUAUACUCUGAACUCAACUUAACUUUGUCACAAAAUCACCAUAACAUUUUUUUGUCUCCAAAUGUUGAACCCGUUAGACAAGAAUAAUCUUUCUUAACUAUUGUUCAAUUCGUCCAUGCGCAAUGUAGCUAAUAAACAUGUCUUUUCGAUAAAUGCGAUUAUUUAUUCGUAAGGGCUGAAAGAUAAUUUUGACUGUUUAUUCAGUAACAACAUGGUCAUUAAUCAUUUCAACAAUAUUCAUCGUUUUUUUUUUUUUUACAGAAACUACAUCGGAACGAUCUACCCCUGUUCCACCAGAAGUCAUCAUUAACCUGCUUGAGAAGCAGGAUCUUCCCCAAAGUGUGACACGUCUUGAUGAUUGCCAACUGCCAGUCGACAUUUUGUUACUGACAGUCGAGGAUUGUGAAUUUCUAAGCUGUCUGUCAUAUCUGAAUCUUGGUUUCUGUAAGACGUUUCACGGAGAUCUUGGCUUUGUGUACCUCGGAGAUAUGGGAAAAGAUGAAAGGAAGUUGAACAUUGCUGUAAUGAGCUGCCACAGGGGUGCCGUCACUCCAGGAGGAUCCGUGGUUGCUGUAUUAACAGCUGUCAAUGUCUUAAGGCCCAAAGCAGUGUUCUGUGUAGGUUCAUGUAGGAGCUUAGGCUACGACAAAGUUAAACUUGGAGACGUAGUAAUGUUUGAGAAGUUAAUCACACCUGGCCCGUGCAGAAUCACGGAGGGUGGCAUUGAAGAACGCGGUGUGAAAGUCCCACUUAAGUCCCGUCUUUUGAAGGUGAUACCAAGGGCUGGUGAUGGCUGGAAGCCGCCUUUAAAAGAUCCAAAAGCACCCGAGGUCAAGAUACACCGUGGCACGAUUCUGAGUGGGCCCGUAGAAGUAAUUGAUAGCCCCAAGCAUUGUGAGGCACUCAUUGAUCGAUUUCCAGAAGCAGUUGCUAUGGAAGAAGAGGGUGAAGGUGAGUUUUUUGCAAGAGUGAACUUUAAUGACCUUGGCCAUUAGACCACAUUGGGCAGGAUGACUCCAAGUCAGUGAAUUGAAAUAAAUGCCCAAAUCCUUUAAAUUCCUUGCUAGCAGAAUACCUUUCAAUGAAUUAUUCUAUGAAUAGAUUAAUGAAAUGGAAACUACAGGAUCGUUCAGACUGGAUCACUAUAUAUUUUUUUAUUAUAUGCUCAGUUCAUCGGAUUGUGCUUAUCGAUGCCUUGCCCUUACAAUCAAGCCAGUUAAAUUACGAAUUGUCAAAUUUUGUUUUAACUAUCUUUCACAAUCCUUUCCAGCUGCUUUUUCUUGGCCUUUCNGUGGCAUUGAAGAACGCGGUGUGAAAGUCCCACUUAAGUCCCGUCUUUUGAAGGUGAUACCAAGGGCUGGUGAUGGCUGGAAGCCGCCUUUAAAAGAUCCAAAAGCACCCGAGGUCAAGAUACACCGUGGCACGAUUCUGAGUGGGCCCGUAGAAGUAAUUGAUAGCCCCAAGCAUUGUGAGGCACUCAUUGAUCGAUUUCCAGAAGCAGUUGCUAUGGAAGAAGAGGGUGAAGGUGAGUUUUUUGCAAGAGUGAACUUUAAUGACCUUGGCCAUUAGACCACAUUGGGCAGGAUGACUCCAAGUCAGUGAAUUGAAAUAAAUGCCCAAAUCCUUUAAAUUCCUUGCUAGCAGAAUACCUUUCAAUGAAUUAUUCUAUGAAUAGAUUAAUGAAAUGGAAACUACAGGAUCGUUCAGACUGGAUCACUAUAUAUUUUUUUAUUAUAUGCUCAGUUCAUCGGAUUGUGCUUAUCGAUGCCUUGCCCUUACAAUCAAGCCAGUUAAAUUACGAAUUGUCAAAUUUUGUUUUAACUAUCUUUCACAAUCCUUUCCAGCUGCUUUUUCUUGGCCUUUCUUACAUUUUCUGUGUUUCAGUCAUAAUUACUUCACUUCUUCAUGUAUGACUAAUCUUUAUUGUAGGCGUGUUUGCUGCGGCCCACGGCCUCGACAUUGAGUGGAUCGUCAUUAAAGGGAUUUCGGAUUACGCAGGUGGCAGUAAAUCUAUGGAGACGUCUUGGAGGCCAUUUGCGAGUUUAAUGGCAGCUUCUGUUACGGCUCAUAUUCUCAGCGAUGCCACCAUUUUUGAAGACUGGCCUCACUUUAAGAGCACAAGUAAGUACUGA